AUGGCGGGAGCCUCCGACCCACUGGAGGACAUGCUCUUCAAUGAGGUAGACGAAAAAGCUGUAAGCGACUUAGUGGGCUCUUUGGAAUCGCAACUUGUCAGCCAAAAGACUUCGCCCGCCACAUAUUCUAAUAUCAAGCGAGAAGGAUCUACGGGCGCUGUUAGCCAGUUCUCAGGGAAACUGCGUGAUCAAGCGGGGUCUCUGGAGCCGCCACAACAAGGACACCCAAAAGCGGCGUUAAACGCGGAACCCAUCGCGAAUCAGGCGAUGUCCAAUAAGAUUAUCAGUGCUUCUACCUCUUCCAUCACUACUGGGGGUGUUUUAAACGCUGGUACCAAUCUACAAACAUAUGGAGCCGCAUCUCAAACCAUUUCCACCGCACCACCAGGAUCGGUAACUUUGCCUGCUCAGUCGACUAGCUUCAACAGAGGGACUGUUUUGGGUCCUGCUGGCACAUCGGUGGUGACUGUUCCCAAUCCAAACAUCACAACAACAACAACAACAACAACUAUCAGGACUGUUUCACCUGGUUUACAGAGUUUGAACGGUAACACUGGAGCUGUGAAGUUGGUCAACUCGCCAGCAGCUUCCCAAGUCGGGUCAGGCAGCAGCACUGUUGUAAGUACUGUCAGUGCGGGCAAUUCCAAUAUCAUUGUGUCCAUGACUUCACAACCUCCUUCUCUGCCAAACUUUACUGGACCUCAACAAUCUGCAGUGGCUACUACUCCCACUAUUGCAUUACAAAGACAGCCCAGCCCCAUGGCCAUUGCCUCACAGAAUGGAGUAAUAGACCCCAAGGUUUCUGCAGUGGUCACACAGGGUGCAGGUUCCCUAGGGGCCACCACCUCUCAGGUCAUGAACCACAGCAACACUCUCAUGCACACUAAAAUGGUGGCACCCAACCAGCCAGUCUCUGCUGGCCAAUCAAUAAUUCUCGGAGGGUCUCCCCCUCCUGUUGUUGUUAACUCACCAAUAAGCCAGCCACAGAGUGUGGCGAGUCCCACUCUCACAGCUGGGGUGAAACCAACUGUUAAUGGAGUUGGUCAGCCCACAGUGACCAUCGUGAGGCCCCCCGGUGCUCCUGUGAUGGCUACCCCCGUACAGCAGCAGAGACCUGGGCUGUUAGCAAGUACCACGAGGACUGCUGCACCACAGCUGGCCGUCAGACCACCACAAAAGACCACCAUUCAGUUACCCCCUGGAUUUACCAUACCACCCGGUAUGGUGCUGGUGCGUACGGACACGGGCCAGCUAGUGAUGGUGACUCAGCAGGUUCUAGCCCAGGCCCAGGCUAAGACCCAACAAGGCCAGGCUGCUGUCUCCAACAUCUCCCCCCAGCCUGGAAUCCCCACCGCUGGGGCCAACAUCAGAGUUAGCACUCCCAGCCAGGCCCCUGGUACGCCCCAGGCUGUCCGUCUGGCGUCCCCUUUCCAGGCAAGAAUGGCCCAGUCCCCCUCUCCCUCUAGCCCUGCUAUACAGAAGGCCAUAACCGUGGCACCUGCGGGUGCGUCUGUGUCAGUGAAAAUGACCACCCCUCAGAAGGCCCAGUCUGUGAUCACAGGGGGCCAGGCCUUGGUCAAGCCUGGUGCUGUACGGCCCACUAUCACCCUGAACACUGCAGCAGCCAGUGCCUCUGGAGCCCCUAUUGCAACAGUCUCCCAGGAAAUGCAAGAGAAUGUGAAGAAGUGCAAGAACUUCCUGUCCACCCUGAUCAAGCUGGCGUCCCACAACUCCCCCUCCCCUGACACAUCUAAGAACGUCAAGACCCUGGUGCAGGAUCUACUGGAUGCUAAAAUCGAGCCUGAGGAAUUCACCACGAGUCUGCAGGCUGAGCUGAAAUCCUCUCCACAGCCGUACCUCAUCCCCUUCCUCAAGAAAAGCCUCCCUGCCCUGCGGCUGUCCCUUCUCAACAACCAGCAGUCUCUUCUGGCCUCCACCUCCGCUUCUGCCCUGGCCGUCCCCUCCACCUCCACCAUCAGGCCCCGGCUCCCCACCACCAUCAGCCCCGCCACGGGCAUCGUCAGGACACCUACCACUGCCCUGGGUGUGAGAAGACCAGGGGUCCAGGGGGUCCAGACCCGCAUGCCCAUGGUCAUCACUCAGACCAUACGACCGCAAGGCGUAGUUACAAGAGGACCCACUAUUAUCCCAGGCAGAAGUCCUGUGGGCAUUGGUGCCCAGGCCUCUGCCAAUCAGAAGAAGCUGAAUGAGCCUGGAGGUGGGACGUUCAGAGAUGACGAUGACAUCAAUGACGUGGCGUCCAUGGCGGGGGUAAACCUGAACGAGGAAAACGCCCGCAUCAUGGCCACCAACUCUGAGCUGGUGGGCACCAAGAUCCGCUCCUGUAAGGACGAGGCCUUCCUCCCGCCAGGUCUGCUGCACAGACGCAUCAUGGAGGCUGCCAAGAGGUUUGGGGUGACCGAGGUCCCAGCUGAGACAGUGAACUACAUCUCCCAUGCUACCCAGGCCAGGCUGAGAUCCAUGCUGGAGAAAGUGUCCACUAUCGCCCAGCACCGCACCGACGGGGGCAAGGAUGAGGAAUGGUAUGAGCCGUCGACAGACGUCAGGGCCCAGCUCCGCUUUUUUGAGCAGCUGGAAAGGAUGGAGAAACAGAGGAAGGACGAACAGGAGAGAGAGGUCCUACUCAAGGCUGCCAAGAGUCGCGCCAGACAGGAGGACCCAGAACAAGCUCGGUUGAAGGCGAAAGCUAAGGAGAUGCAGCAGGCAGAGCAGGCCCAGAUCCGACAGCGUGAAGCCAACCUCACUGCCCUGGCUGCCAUCGGGCCCCGUAAGAAACGCAAGAUGGACUCGCCAGGGGGCUCCACAUCGGGCACAGAGGUUGCUUCGGGUUCAGGGGAUGGCUCUUCCACAGCUGCCUCCUCCCGUCAACAGCUCCGUCAGCGGAUCACGCGAGUCAACCUCAGGGACUUUAUCUUCUGCCUGGAGCAGGAGAGGGCCACAUCCAGGUCCUUAUUGCUUUAUAAGGCUCUCCUGAAGUAGUGAAGUCCCCCAGGGUUCAGUACUUAGCACAUUACAAAUCCUUACGGUUCUUCACAGCUCUCCUAAAGUAUGACGUCCUACAGGGUUUAGUACUCAGCCGGCCCGUUACAAAUCCAUAAGGGUUCUCUAGUCGACCCAAUAGAAAUCUUUACUGUUCUACACAACUCUCCUGAAGUAGGGCGUCCACAAUGGUUCUGUACUCGACCUGAUGCAAAUCCUUACUACUCGAUAAGGCUCUCCUAACAUAGGGGUAACACAGGGCUCUGUACUGUGCCCAUAACACAUUUGCGAUAAGUAAAGUUUCCCCUUUGCCCCCAUCUCUACACAUGCCUUCAUUCCCAUACCACAUUAUCAUAUAGCCCCCCCAUCUCUACACACACCCUCAUUCCCAUACCACAUUAUCAUAUAGCCCCCCCAUCUCUACACACACCCUCAUUCCCAUACCACAUUAUCAUAUAGCCCCCCCAUC